UGCCACGCUGGUCAAGUCACUCAGUGUGUCGCUGCCUCCCGUAGUGACAGUGUGAGCCUAGAUACAGUGCCACAGUGGUCAGUCAGUGUGCCACCUCUUCCCUUAGUGACAAACUCAGUGCAGAGACCUCACCAGUGGUAUAGACUUAACUGUCUCCUCAAAAGAACUUGAUCUAGGAUCUGGAAAGAACUUAUGCAAAUCCUGGAGUGUUGAGUAAGCCUCUGGAACCCACCCACAUUAUUGUGAAGAACUGAAUGACUAACUCAGCAUUUUGGAGCCAUAGCAAUGAGGUGAUGUGGUGGUGGUGAUAUGAAGAUGGAACACACAUGACAGGUGGAAACAGCUCUCACAGUGAGGCUGAAGAGACUGUACUCGUAAGUGGACUACAACACCCACAUAGAAUCCACACAACACCACUAGUUCCAUCUGGAGUGUAGGUGGACUGUAACACUCACACAACACCAUCAAUUCUAUCCAGAGAGUGUAAGUGGACUGCAACAGCCAUACAUCAUCCACACAACACCACCAAUUCCAUCCAGAGAGUGUAGGUGGACUGCAACACUCACACAACACCACCAUUUCCAUCCACAGAGUGUAGGCAGACUGCAACACCCACACAGCACCGACACAACAUCCACACAUCACCACCAACCCCAUCCAGACUUUUUUUCAACUUUCCUUCACCACCAAAAUGAGUACAACAGAGGCCACAACCUUGGACUCACACGCCCCCGACUGGGCAUAUCUGGUGACAGCCAUUGCUGCCAUCAUCAUCUCCAUCCUGGGCUUUUUUGGUAACUUGCUAACUAUCCUGGCACUGCCACAUGCCCGUCGCCUGCGCCACUCUGCCACAUGGCUGGUGGUGAACCUAGCGGUGGCAGAGGGAGUGUUUUGUGUUACCAUCCUCCCCAUCUCUGCUGCUCAUCUACUGCAUAUGCUGUACACUGGCCAGCCUCUAUUUGAUAAGACUGGCUGCAGUGUUUUCGUGUUUCAGCGUUACGUCAACAUUCAAGCUGAGCUACUUUCUAUCGCUGCCAUUGCUAUCAAUAGAUGUGUGCUCAUUGCCAUGCCCAAGUCAUACCCAAAUGUGUUCUCGAGCCGCAAGACAGUUGGAAUUAUUGCCGGCAUCUGGCUGGUCUCCAUUGCCAUCAUGCUCAUUCCUCUGCUCAAGGUGUAUGGGGAGUUCACAUACAAUGACAACACAGAAGAGUGUGACUUUGAUGACGAAGUGCCCCAAGGGAAAACACCAAGGAAAGUGUUCCUCUCCCUGGGCUUCCUGCUGCCCUGCAUCAUCAUCAUCACCUCAUACUCAUACAUCUACUAUAAGGCACGACAGAGUUCAGCCAAUCUGUUGGCACAACGCAGAAACAAUACCACGGAGGACUCCAGGAAGACCAAGUGAGCCCAGCUGCACUGAUGCUACUGCAUCCACUCUACUGGGCCCAGUACUGCAUCAAUAUCUUCAUCUAUGUAUUCAUGAAUAAGCAGUACAGGGAUGCUUAUGUCAACUACAUCUCACAGUGGUGGCCAGACUUUAA